UUUGUUUAUCAAAGCAUUUGUUUGAAGGAAUUAUUUUUAAAAAACUCUCGGCUGUUAAAAUCAAAAUCAUUGUAAAUCGUUUUAUAAAACUGUGCAGUGCGUGAUUUAUUUUUUUUAAGGUCCGAAUAUUCUUGAAGGGAUGUCGUUCAGUCGAAGCAAGCUCGCACGCUUUAGCGAGAGUAAAGAUGGAAUUGGCGCAUCUAUUAAAGCGAGUACGACGUCCACUAGUUCAAAAUUAAUCACCAAGGCGAACACUGAUAAGGUAUCCUUACCUCAAUCUGCACGAACUGCUGCCAAAUUACCUCGACCAAUCAGGCAUAGGAGUUUAUCGCGUCCACCAAGUCCAACAACUAACGUAAAGUCACAGAGACCGUGCAGUGUCAGUGGAAUCAAAACAUUAAAACAAAAUAAGGAACCUCUGGAUCUGGACAAAGCAGACGAUGACCUUCUAUUUAAAUCAGCAACAAUCCUUCCCUUUGCAGACUGUUUCGAUACGAAGGACAACGGUCCCCUCGAGGAGAUCAAAUCGAACGGAUCAAGCCCUCCUAAAGAUAUCCACAGCAGUCCUUCCGAAACAACAAAAAACACAUCGGCAAUCCCACUGAGAGUAAAAUCAUCGCAAGUUAGCAAUAAAGAAUCUGUGAAGGAGAGUGUCAAAAUGCCCCGAGAAGCAAAGAAAAUUACAUCGACAAGCCACUUGUCACAUUUAUCCAAUUCAACAACCCCUCGCAGAACCAAUGUUAGCAGAGGAAACGUCAAAACAGGUCGAAACUCAACAUUAAUUCAUCAAUUCGAAGAUAAAAAAAGGCAACUGCACGUUUUGCAAAAUGAACUUACAUCUAAAAGAAGUUUAGUAUCAGAAUUGUACACCAUACUCGUUGAGCUUAAAAAGAAAUUAGAAGAGUCCGGUGUUACAAACGUCGAAUUGGACGAUUUAAAACCGGACAUUCACCCAGCGAGUGUAGAACCUCGACUAAUUGAAACAAUGACAGAUGCCAUUAACGAAAUUCCUUCAUCGCUAGGAGACAUUUGCAGGAACCUCAUGAACAAGAGGUUGCUAGUGCUAACUACCUUGGAGCAGUUUACAAAGCACAGAAUCACGGUUGAGGAGGCACAAAGGUUCUUAAAAACGUACAAAGAAGAUACUACCGUGUUAGAAAAAAUGGUUAGCGAUCAAUCAAAGGAACAGCAGAAUCGAGCGACCAGUCUCGUGGAGAAGUGGGCCUUGUUAGUUAGUAAUUCAGGGGAUGCCGUCAAUAUUUUAAACGAUGUCGACGAAUUAAAAGCGAAAUUAAAAGCCCAAGAGCAAAAACUAAAUUUACUCAAGAGGGAACGCGAUCAAGCGUUAAAAAGUAGUGAAACUUACGAGAAGAAAACUAGCCAAGUCGAAGCGACUGUAGAAGAUUUGAACGGAAAGCUAAAACACUUGGAGCAAGCUCUUGCGUCUGAAAAGCAGUGCGCUCAGUCACAUAAGGAAAAGUAUUCGAGUUUUGAACAGCAGAAAAAAACUAUGAAAACACAAAUUCAGGAAUUGGAACGUAAAUGUAAAGAAAGCGAAACCAAACAAAGUGAAUUACAAAAGACUUGCAAGCAUACGCAGGAGCAACUUAAAGUGAACGAACUGCGAUGGAACAAAGAGAAAGAAGAACUGGUAUCUAAAGGCAGGCAUGACAAGCAGAUGUUGGAGAAGCUAACCAAAGAGCGUUCGUGCUUUGAAACCAGGGUGAAGACUCUAGAAGAGAACCUGGCGGAGGUAAACAACGGGCAGAAAAGUGCAGAGAACAAAUUGAAUAUGGAAUUGGAGGCCACGAGGAAAUUGGCGGCGGAAGAAAAGGUUAAGAGAGAAACAUUGGAAGAAAAAUACGAACACGUGCAGAAUAAACUCAUCCAGAUGGAGAUAGGAAAUAGCCAAUUGGUUGAUAUUGCUAAAACAAAGAACACAUUUGAACCAAAUGACGUUGCAAAUAUUUACACAGAGCACGAAGCCGAAUUAUAUACAGAGCUCAUGGCAACGAGGGCUGCUUUAAAAGCGGCUGAAGACAAAUUGCAAUCGUACGACCGAGAAAAAAUGCGCUUUAUUAAUACCCUGGAAUCAUUGCAAGAUGAGAAAGAUGUAAGCUCCGAGUCGAUUUUGUCACUAAAAAAUGUUCAGAGGUUAACAGAACUGGAAAGUUCAGUGGCUCAAAAAGAUGAGACUGUGUACCGCCAGCAGGUGGAGAUAACUGGUUUGAAAGCGGAAGUAGAAGAACUAAAAUUAAAAAUUUCUAUACCCGAAUCCGGCGAAAGUGAUCUCGAGGAGAAUGAACUGAAGCGUAUGUUGUACGAUGGGAAAAGUAAACUAGAAGCCCUUAUUAAGAAAUCAUCACAAAAUGAACAAAAAGCGAUCAGUUUUCAGCAUGAACUAGAUAAACGAACUAGACAACUGAACGACAUGGAAAAUCUCCUCAAAGUCAGAGAUGGGCUUAUAAAACUGCUAAAGGCGAAAAAAGACGACUUGCAAAUAGAAAGCAACAGUUUGAAUAAGUAUGGCAACACCAUACGUGAACUUUUACUGCAGACUCGUGAAGAAAUGGACAGUAAAACCAAAUUGCUCCACGAUUUAACUAUGAAUUUGAAUAGCAAGGAGCGCGAAAAUGAGGCACAAGUGAAAAGAAUUCACGAACUUGAGCAUUCACUUUCUAUCGCCAAUGAAAAACGGUUCAAGUUGCAAGAUGCAGUAGGAGUCAUGGAAAAGGAGCUCCAAUUGACCAAAGCUCAAUUGAAGGGAGCGCCACCUUCAUCGAGUUCCUGGUACGAUACCGCUAGUCCACGUAAAUUUACAUUACCGAAAAAUCGAUCUUCAUUUACAUAUUCUAAUCGGGCUAAAAUCGGAAGACCAACCUCACCAACUUACGGAAGUCAGCCUCCUCGUACUUCAACACUUAAUUUCGCCACAUCGGCACAAGCACCAACCGACGCUGAUGCGAGUAGUCAUUACCUUGAAAGCGAAGUUGUAAGGUCAUGGCUGAGUUCCUACCAAAACGUUGAUGAUAUCCAAAAACGAUUAAAGUUCCUCAAACACGCUUUCGCCUCGCUUUCCAGAAAGAUGGUGGUACAAGAUACAAAACUGAAACAGACCGCCAAAUCACUUAUGGGUACAUGUCACAAAUGUCAUCCAAGGACAUAUCGAACCCCGAAAGUACAGGCAUCUCGGCAUAACUAUUACAAAACUUCCCCCACAACGUCCCAAUGUGAAGAAUUUUCACAGCAACAUACCAGCCCAAUUCCUAAACUAACAAAAAUACAACCCACCCCCGAUUUAUACUAUAACAGGGUCAUAAAAAAGAACUUGCCAAAACCACCUUUGGAACCUCAAAUAUCAUCAUCUCGCGUGCGCCAUAAUUACUCUAGCGAAAAGUCGAAAACGGACACUGACCUUUGUAACGUUGGUACGCAAUCGUCUGCGAUACCAAAUCGAUCGUCCCAAAUUUUGUCUUCCAUUCCAAUACCGAAGGUCCGGUUUUCACCGUUAACUUUAUCAUCUAGACCUCCCGUUACUCCUGUAAUAUCGGUGGAAUCACGAAGGUCCUAUGCGGAAGCUUCACAUGACCAAUUCCCGAAAGGUGCAAGUGAAAAUCUUGUUGAUGCGGAUCGGAAGCACUCAUACAAAUCUUAUCUCUCUUUGUUUUUAAAUCGAGGGGGUGUGCGACCUAGUUCGCAAGAAGGGUGUCAUCAACUACCGCCUACAGAACAGAGGUUACAUUCUGUACCGGACGUUGCCCAAUACAGAAUUUCACAACCCCGCACCAGCAUAAAUAUGAGAAGUUGCAUUCAAAUUGAAACGCAAGAUUCAAGUGCGGACAGCAACGGAUCAAAUCUAUCAGUGGCCACCGUGAUAGAGUGCUCGGAGUUAAUUAAUACGCAACUCAAUGAUAUGUUUAUUUCCGAAAGUGAAUACGUCCUAAAAUUACAUGCGGAUGGUCAUAAUUUUGCGGAAUCUGGAGAUUAUGCAACGGUUGAUGACAUUCAGUAUUUGGAGACGGACGUCGCUUCCUCCAGUAACGUUCCAAAAUCUCUAAGCACUUCGCAAUAUUUAUGCGUUGAAUCCGAUUGGAUCUUUGACUAAUUAAAAGAAUUUAAUUCUGUGUCUAAUUAUGUUACUAAUAGUUG